ACCGCACUUGUGAGAUAGGUAGUUGCCGGUUGCCGAUUAUCCGAGGUGAGCGACAGUGCUUGUGAAACAUCAAGAGAAAAAAAUAGUGAUCGAGAAGAGAAAAAAAACGUAAAGGGUGAGACAGGAAGAAACUUGAGAAACUAUGGCCGUGUCAGCAACUCCGCCAGUGCUUUCCCAAACCUCUACUCUGGAGUCUGGCAGCUUAUUUCGCUCCGAUCCGCUGUAUGCAAGCCCAGCCGAGUCCCCGAGACUGACAAGCAGCAUGAUCAACUCUUUCAUCAGCGGAGGAGGCGGUGGAAAUGGAAACGGCACAAGCGGCAAUAACGAGUGCAAAAUGGUUGAGGUGCACGGGGUCAGGGUAGCCUCGUUCAACGUGGACGGUCAAGAACUUAUUUGCCUGCCGCAGGUCUUCGACCUCUUCCUGAAACAUCUGGUCGGAGGGCUGCACACCGUCUACACCAAGCUGAAGCGGCUGGAUAUAUGCCCCGUCGUGUGCACGGUGGAACAGGUCCGAGUUCUGCGGGGGCUUGGGGCUAUUCAGCCCGGGGUGAAUCGCUGCAAACUCAUCACCCGCAAGGACUUCGAAGCGCUGUACAACGACUGCACCAAUGCCAGCUCCAGGCCUGGCCGACCACCCAAGCGUUCCCUGGGGGUAGCGAUGCAGGAAAGCUCCAGGCUUCUUCCCCACAGUGUCCACGGCCUACUGUCUCCCGGCCUCCUCUCAUCCAUGUCGCCCGGAGUAUUUAUGUGUUGUCCUGCAGGGCUGACGGCUGCAGCGAUGGCCGAGGCUAUGAAGCUGCAGAAGAUGAAGCUGAUGGCCAUGAACAACCUGCACGGAGCCGGCAGCCAGAACGGUACCGAGUCGGAGAACGACGAGCUCAACUCCAACACAGGCGGCAGCGAGUCCUCCUGGGACAAAGAGAAGCUCCAGUCUCCCCCCUCCUCUGGUGCUGCCCACAGCCUGGGUCACGCAGGCCUGUCAGGGCAGCAUGGCCUGUCCAGCUCCCAACUCAACUCCCUGCAGCAGAACCACAUACUGGCCAACCGACUGGACCUACCCUUCAUGAUGAUGCCCCACCCCCUGCUGCCUGUCGGCCUGCCGCCUGCGUCUGUUGCCAUGGCAAUGAACCAGAUGAACCACCUGAACACCAUCGCCAACAUGGCCGCCGCAGCUCAGAUGCACAGCCCCUUAUCCAGAGGAGGAGCGUCUGUCAUCAAGUCUGACCCUCGGUCUCUGUGGCAGGAGUGUGUCCAGGACAGCCCUUCUCCAGCGCCCUCCAUGGAGGAAGGUCCUCGCCCGGGCUCCCAGCCCUCCUCACACCCCAGCAGCAGUGCCUCCAGCUCCCCCGCCCCGCACCAACACACCCCCGAACGCCUGGUGAUGAAUCCUGUUGAUGGAGACCUUGGGGAUAGAGAGGCUGGAAUCAACAUGAAAAACAUGUUCAAAGAGAAAGCAGAAGAAGGGCAGCUGGCCCUGCCCAUGAUGAAGCCAGGCUUUGAGAAGAUGGCCCUGGGUGGACAGACCCUGCCUCCAGGCUUCCCUGCGCCCUUCCUCUUCGCCGACGGACUCAACUCUGUGGAGACUCUGCUCACCAACAUCCAGGCGGCGCAGGGUCUGCUGAAGGUAGCCGUGGACAACACCCGUGUGCAGGAGAAACACGUUCAGCAGCAGAGGAAGGAGCUUAAGAUGGAGCUCUACAGAGAGAGAGAGAUGAGAGAGAGUCUGGAGAGACAGCUCUCCUCCGAACUGCACAGCCGAGCCACCAUCCAGAAGCGUCUGAAAAAGGAGAAGAAGGCUAAGAGGAAACUGCAGGAAGCUCUGGAGUUUGAGUUCAAGCGCCGUGAGCAGGUGGAGCAGGCCCUCAAAACAGUCACCUCCCCAGAGAACCUCCGUAUGAGUCUCAACGAGGCAGUGAUACCGGAGGUUGAGCCAGAGCAUAACAGCAGCCAGCAGGAGAACUCAGCUGUACAGGAGAACAGACCCUACACCAAGCCUCCCAUCGUGUACUGAAAGAACUCCAGCUCCUCCAGACCUGACCCAGGGCUGCCGCUGCUGGCUACGCCAGAGACAGAGCCCUUGGCUGGAAGAGAACGAGCGGAGAAGAGGGGCGACUGAAGGGAGGAAUGGAUCCCCUGAAACUCAUGUACAGGACUGCAGAGAGGGUGUGGUGGGGUGAGAGGUAACACUGGAGUAGCUCUUUUUGCUGCCCCAUCAUCUCACUCCAGCUACUUGUAAAAACCCUCUAUUUCACUUGUUUGAGAAAAAAAGAGUAAGGACCAUUGAAAAUAAAAUGUGGAUUUUUCUCUACUCCCUGUGAAGCACAUACAGAAGCCUAUCCUCCUUCCCUAUCCUAUUUCUCUCCAAGCUGAUUGCCUCUCAUUAUUAUUAUUGUUAUUAAUUAUUAGUAUUAUUAUUGUUGUUAGUUGUUGAUUCCUCAAAUGCCCAAUAUGUCCCAAUAGCACAAGUCUUGCAGCGCAUAUAUAGGAUCAUUUCUUCUUAAAGCUUGAAAAUCUGAAGGAGGAUAUGAAAUGUAACAUUCAAGACAAAAUGUGCUUCUCUUCUUAUAUCACCUCUUAUUCAUCAAGUAAAAGAGACUGAAACCGUUUUUGAAUUUCAAUGCUUUUUCUCUUUUGUCUUUUCUCUUUUUUUCUGAAAAAUGUCACUGCUUCAUGUUGACUUGGGAAUGUGUCCUCUCCCUGAACUGAAUGUGUCCUCUCCCUGAACUGAAUGUGUCCUCUCCCUGAACUGAAUGUGUCCUCUCCCUGAACUGAAUGUGUCCUCUCCCUGAACUGAAUGUGUCCUCUCCCUGAACUGAAUGUGUCCUCUCCCUGAACUGAAUGUGUCCUCUCCCUGAACUGAAUGUGUCCUCUCCCUGAACUGAAUGUGUCCUCUCCCUGAACUGAAUGUGUCCUCUCCCUGAACUGAAUGUGUCCUCUCCCUGAACUGAAUGUGUCCUCUCCCUGAACUGAAUGUGUCCUCUCCCUGAACUGAAUGUGUCCUCUCCCUGAACUGAAGGUGUCCUCUCCCUGAACUGAAUGUGUCCUCUCCCUGAACUGAAGGUGUCCUCUCCCUGAACUGAAUGUGCCCUGUCCCUGAACUGAAGGUGUCCUGUCCCUGAACUGCGUUGUUUGUGUGUGUUUACUGAAAGCUCAGUCUGGAUACAAAAAAAGAGAUAUUGAGGCGUAUCCUAGAUACCUUUCCUCACUAAUGGUUUCUCUGUUGCUCAGUUCAAAUGUUAUAUUGCUGUUUAAAAGACAGUAUUCCAGUAACCCCUGUUCUGUCCCCCCUCCCCUUUGUUUUUAAAGACAUGUAAAAAUGCUUUAGCAUUGGCUAGUCUGACGUCGUAAUUAAGUGGAUACAUUUGUUGUCAAGAAAAAGAACGUAAGUAAAAUGAAAUACCCCAAUGCAUAUCCGAUGCAAGCAUGCCUGUAGAUACAACACUGGUGGGAAAAAAAAGUUUAAAAAACAUGCCAAUUCAAAUAUAUUUUUUACAAUUUUGGGAUUUUAAUUAUUACCAUGAUCACAACCAGGCAGCUAUUUAAAAUUGUUGACCUUGUUUUAAUGAUGAUAUCACAUCACAGCCGUGCACAAAACACACACAAUGACAAACAUACUUCUGGAAAUCUUGCUAGAUUUUUUUUUGGGUUGUUGUUUGGUUUUGUAGUAAUAAAGAUCUAGAUUCAGA